UUUUAUUUAUGCUCAAUCUUUUUUGGUUGAUUAUUUGUUUUAUAGACUUGCCAAAGUUUCAAUCUUUAUGGUGUUUACACAUAUUUUCAGCUGCUUCUUGUGAUUCUUGAGUAUUAAGAACAUUGGUGUUAAUAGACCCUUGUGGUCCGGACCACGCGCAUAGCGGGAGCUUUAGUGUACCGGGAUUUCCUUUUACACUAGUCAAGUUGAUGCAUAGAUUGAAAACUUGGGAGGAUUCUUUUUAGUCUAGGGGGGUAAAAGAGCUUCUAAUUUCAAGAUUGCUUUGCAUUUUUCAAGAAUUUGUUAGGGCCUAUCUGAAUAUUUGCUAGAGCAACCGCAUAAUAUUUGGAGAGAAUUAUGGUUCAGACAUUAGAGUCCAUCAGGGGUGGUGGAGGUUCGAUUAAAGUGGGAACAACCGGUACGGUCAGUGCCCUCAUGUCAAGAGAAUUAGAUUCAAAGCCAUCUACUUCUACGACAUCUGUAUCAUGUAGGUAUAGAUCUCCUACUGUUUGUUCAUUCUCUACUGGUGAUGCAACCAGUCCUAAAAGAACGAAGCCAAGAACAUCAAUCGAUGAAGCUAGCAGCAGCUGGGCAUCUGAAGAUAAUAAAAAUGGUCCCGAGAUAGUCAGGAAGGCAAAGCACUACAACUGCAAAACUCCACAAAUUCCGAUACUAGAAUCAGAAAACAUUUCAGUAGAUCGAACUUCUAUUAGGCGGAAACCUAAUAGAAAGGGACCGACGACCUUGGUGGAAAUCGUGGACAUAAAAUGUGGUAGUGUGGAAAAAACACGGGCAAGACCUAUGAAGAAUCGCCUGAAGAAACUUGGCUUCUCAAAGCUUUCUGAGACUCCUGUCUAGGCAUGUGGAUCCAGAAACUGUCCUCGGGUGAUCACGUUGAAUGCAUACUGGUUAUGAGCUUACUGCUUCCUUUCUUUGUUUGUUCUGCGCCCAACGAUCCAAAGCAUUUUUCUGGAGUAACAAGAAGGCACAUCAGCAAAGUUGCCAAAGCUUGCUACACAGAUUAUCUUGAUGGCCUAUUUCAGCUUACUGAAGUUGUCAAUUUCUUGCAAGACGAGGCAAUCGUUCCUGUGCUGCCUUAUUUCAACCGUACUACUCUCUCGCAGCCAUCUUUUCAGCAGCAGCAACAACAAAGCCAUUAAGUUCUUAGAUUGCCUCUUGAGUUUGAACAGUUGGUGUCCUACUGAUGUGAGAGAAACUCAGAAUUCAUCAUUUUGGUUAGAUAUGCUAUGUAUACAAUAAACUCUUGUGGUUCAUCCCUUCCACGGACCUGCUCUCACGAGAGCUUUAGUGCUAACAAAGUGGUCAUAGAAGAUUGGCUCUAUUUAUGUGUUUUGUAGUAAAAGAAAGAAAAAAAAGCAAUAAAGAUGUUCAACUCCAUUGCCAGCUUCAAACUACUUGUACAUUUUUAGUUAGUUUUAUUUUUAACCCUGAA